CUAAAGAUGAUGGCGGCUGGAGUAUCUCGCUUCCGAGGGUCGCUUCUUGGGGCCCUGCUCGGAGACUGCAUAGGGGCUGUGUUUGAAGGGCAUACUAACGUGACCAAGGAAUUUUUGUUCGAUUAUAUGAAGUCGCUGGACAAGGGGGAGAGGCUAAAAAGGGUUUUAACAUACACGGAUGACACAGCCAUGGCAAGAUCGAUUGUGCAGUCAGUACUUGAAAACUAUGAAUUUAAUAUUGAAGAUCUUGCAAACAGGUUUACCACAGAGUAUAAUCGUGACCCUGACCGUGGAUAUGGAACGGCUGUAGUUCAUGUGUUUGAGAAGCUUGGCAGUGGAGAAUAUAAACAUGUGUUUUCACCAGCUAGGGAACAGUUUGACGGUAAAGGUUCAUAUGGAAAUGGAGCCGCCAUGAGAGUUGUAGGAAUUUCAUUGGCCUAUCCCAGGAUUCCAGAUAUAAUAGAGUAUGCCAGAACUAGUGGAAUGCUGACACAUGCUUCAUCUCUGGGCUAUAAUGGGGCCAUUCUUCAGGCUCUAGCAGUGCACUAUGCUUUGCAGGGGGAGCUUGCACCAGAGACAUUCUUGGAUCAGCUUUUGGAUCACAUGAAGGAAGUUGAAACAGAUAAGAAAUCCCGUUCAGAUGCCCUUGAAUUAGAAAUGGAUGAAUUCCCUUACUGUAACAAAUUAAGGAAGAUUAAAGCGUUUUUAGCUCGAGAAGAUGUCACACGGAAGGAUAUAGUUAAAGAAUUAGGUAAUGGCAUUCAAGCUUUCGAGUCUGUUCCAACUGCAAUUUACUCAUUUCUGCGAUGCUUAAAGCCAGUGUCAGAGCUGCCUUCUGAACUUACCAACUUGCAGCGCACAAUUGCCUUCUGCAUCUUGCUUGGGGGAGACACAGACACCAUUGCUACCAUGGCUGCAGCAAUUGCUGGUGCUUACCAUGGAGAGGAGCAGAUCCCACUGAACUGGAAGCUCUCGGCUGAGGGUUACAAAGAUGCCGAGGAUUGGGGCGAGAAGUUGCAUCAGUUGUACUGCAGGCGAUUACAAAGUACCACUUCCUAACCUGUGGUAGAUAGCUAUGUCUAGAAAGCAUUAGUACUGCUGAAGAGUGUACAUACCUUUUGUAUUUGGUUGAAGAUAAGUCACUUCAGAGGGAAGAUGGCCUGUGGCUCUUAUCCAUGCAAUGCUUAUGUUCUGAACUGCCCUAAAAACUGUGGCUUAAGUCCCAUUGAAAAGAAAUCUCCUUAAAAAUAAAGCUAAAAAUAGCUGACUAUCAUUUUUUGCAGCUUUUAAAUUGUAUUUUCUUUCUGCUGAUCAGAGUGAUUAAAAAUUGUUGCACAAAGCAGUGAAAUCUGCAAUAUAUGUAACAUUUUUUUUUUAGCAGUGCAAAGCAGACAACAGUGGAUUUCAGUCCAUUCUGAAUAUCAUGCCAACACUUGUUUGCUUUAAGAUUUUAGGAAAUGUGCCUUUCCAGAAAAAAAAUAUUAAAAAUAUCAUGUCACCUAUCAAGAGCUUAAUCCUUGGCCAGCUUUAAAACUCUUCUAUCAAUAAAUUAGCAGAGACUGGUGGAAACUGUAUUACACUCGCUUAAAGAUGGCAUAUGGCACCUGAAUCUUCCAUCUUGCCUGUAUAGUCAUGUUUUAUAAAUGUAUAGACAUUAAUAUAAAUUGCUGUAGUGCUUUCAGCCUUAAUGUCUUACUAAGUUUAAAUGAAGCAGAUGCAGAAACCUGGUAGUGCCACUGUGUGGUGCUCUUAGCACAAUGUUUCCUAAAUAUUGAGAAUGCUUUUGUGUGAAAAUACCAGUAAAAUUCAAUAAUUUUUCUUUUAUACAAAAUUGGACUUAGGGAAGCAGAGUUCUAAAAUAAAAUAUAUAAAGAGUGA